CGCAACCCCACGCCCAACGCUCCGACGUGCAUGUGCAAGCCAGCUAGCAACCCUCUCCGCACAUGCAGCUGCACCCAUGCCCAUGAUCCCACGAGCCUGCAUCUAGCCCUCCCGGACGAUUGACACCCGCAUCCACGCGCACACGCAUGCAGCCGCGCCUGCGCACGACGAGCGCCCCGGCCAGCAUCUGACCUUCUUCCGACGACCGACCACCUCCAGGCUCACCUCCUCCAACACACCCCCGUCUUGGAGACCACGCCGACAAUGGACCCCUUCGAAGUCCGCAUCCGCUUCACCUCGCACCUAACCCACCUCACCGCCUCGCACACCACGCACCAACGCGCCGCCAUCUUCGCCCUCAAGAACCGCUCCAUGGACGAAGACCUGCACUCGUGCAUCCUCGAGCAGCUCGAGACCUCGACGCUCAACACGCGUGCCAACAUCAUGUACUUCAUCGAGACGCUGACCAGCCUCGCGAAGCAGGAAGGCGCGCUCGAGUUUGUGCGCAUGAUGCAGCGCGACAUCCUCCGGGUGGUCGAUGCCGUGGUCCCGGGGGACGGCAGCGGCGCGGCGAAUGUGAGGGUCGUGCGGAAGGUGCUGGGCGGGCUAGGCGACAAGGGCGUGCUGAUGCGGGAUACGGUGGCAGAGCUGGAGGAUAUUCUGCGCGAGCGGGAGCGCGAGGGCGGCGAGGGCAAUUUGUUCGUCGCGCCCGCGGGGGACCAGGGGACGCCGCGCCGGGGGACCGGUGUGAGGUUGGACAAGCGGCAGAUUGAGCAGCGCAUUGAGGAGGAUCGGGAGAGGCACAAGCGUGCGCGCGAGAGUAUCUGGGCGGUGCCGGGGGAGAACGAGGCGGAGAUGGAGAGGCUGUGGGAGGAGGCGAGUGAGCUGGGCGAGGACGAUUGGAUUGCCGCGCAGGAGGAUAUGCUCGAGCGGAGGCAGGCUGUUGCGUUGGGGUAGCGUCUCGCCAACUGGGGACGAGUGUGACAUGAGAGAGUGCAACAUGCGAUGGCUAGGCGUUCGGCUGCUUGAAGAGAUACCACAGGAGCAUUCUGCUAGGCGCUCUCAAUUCGUUCUAUGCAUUUCC